UGCGUUUCCCCCCACGCUUCGUUGCCCUAAUUCUUCAACCCCUGAUAGGUAAAUUUCUUACGCUCGCCAAGCUAUUAAUGGUUAAACUACGUCGUGGGCGUAGCGGCUCCUUGUAAUGGCGACCGUGCCGUAGAUGUUCCCAGGUUUGUGAAAAUGAAGCGAAGAAGAAGUUAUUUCUUUUAAGUAAAACGCCGAGGUUCCCCGCAGGAGGACUUUGCGUCUACAACCAUCGUCUUUAUAAGUGGCAAACAUAGCUGUACUUUUGAACUUUUACGCUCCCGAAAUGAUGAAGCUCAAGUCAAACCAAACCCGGACGUACGACGGGGAUGGCUACAAGAAGCGGGCCGCUUGCCUGUGCUUCAGGAGCGAGAGCGAGGAGGAGGUGCUACUGGUGAGCAGUAGUCGACAUCCUGACAAGUGGAUAGUUCCUGGAGGGGGAAUGGAGCCCGAAGAGGAGCCCAAUGUUGCAGCAGCUCGAGAAGUGUGUGAAGAGGCUGGUGUGAAGGGGACUUUAGGUCGCUUGGUGGGAAUAUUUGAGAACCAGGAGAGAAAACACAGGACCUAUGUGUAUGUUCUUAUUGUAACGGAGGUGCUGGAGGACUGGGAGGACUCAGUCAACAUUGGGAGAAAAAGGGAAUGGUUUAAAAUAGACGAUGCCAUACAAGUGUUGCAGUGUCACAAGCCUGUGCAGGCCACCUACUUUGAGGCUCUCCAGGAGAGUUGUCUGACCAGUAAUGGAACUCCACUGGUGACCACGAUAGGUGGGGACCUCUCCCCUACCUACAGCAUCAAUCAGAGCUCUGUUUCGGGGAUCAGAUAACUAAAACCACAACUCUGAAUACCCCAGGAGCUUUCGCCACCACCUGCGCUCUUACUUGUGUUAUUUCUCUUCUCUUCUCUUCUCUUCUCUUCUCUUCUCUAUUCUUCUCUUUUUCUUUUUUUUUUGUCUCAGUAACAUGGUUUGCCUUGCCAACUCCUUUGUGCCAGAAAUCUGGCGCAGACUCAACAAGUGUUGGAUGAAUAGUCCAAAACACUUUGUAAAUGUAAAUGUAAUUUUUGACCCCUCUUCUUUUUUGUUUUUCUUUUUCUUUUUACUGACAACUGCAUGAAGUGUCCCCUCAUUCCCUUUUCCUUAACACACCCUUAGCGUGGUGUUUAUUGAAUGCAAGAACUACUUUUUACUGUUGUAAUGUAAAAGUGUAUACUUAGUGCUUAAGCUGAAGGCUUUUCGUGGUCUUUUUAAUGUCUCCAUCUUUUUUUUGUUUGUUUGUUUAUUUUUCUGUGAAUGAAUGUGCCCAUAAUAAGUGUACUCCCUCCCCUGUUUUAAGGAUAGGAAAAAUUGUAUCUGAACGAAAAGAAUUGUGGGAAGUGACUUGUCUUGCAUGAGCGCUAUUGUUGUUGCGUUUCACUCACUCGAGUGGCCUGAUGCUGACUGUGUGACAGACAGGGUAAGGUCUUUUGGCUUUUCUUCACUCUUCUCCCUGUUGUAGUUGUUCUUGUUAUUUUUUUGUGGUUUUGUUUUGUUUUUUAAUCAGAAGGAUACGGCCCCUUAAUUUCAAUAGUCUUUCCAUUUCUGUUUUCAGCGGUGUUUCUUUCCUAUUUGGGAAGCUAGCCAAGCACUACAGGUUUCAAUUUCAGAGCAUGCAUAUAUGUAUAUAUGUAUAUGCGCUGCACAGUGACUGAAAGAAUGUUAGCAGACAAUGUAAAAACCAUCUUUGUCCUCAGUGUCUCCUCUUUUUGAUCCCUUUUUGUUUUCUUUGUUAAAACGCUUUUGUGUGACUGACUACAGAGUCUUCCUCCAAACAUUGAGAGGGUAGAAAUGGUAGAUUUCAGAAUCAUGGACUUGUGUAAUUUCAAAGUGCAGCACAUAUCACUUAAGUUAUUAAAACCCAUUUCCAUAUAUUUUACUCCUCACAUUCAGUUUGGUUAAAAGCAAUUGUUUACAUUGUGUUUGUAACAUAGUACAGAUGAAUUUAGCGGGCACUUUUCAUUAUGGUCAUGACCUUUUUUUUUUCUUUUUUUUUUUUCUUAAAAAAAAACAAACCCUUCCCUCCUUAGUAUUUAUUCUGCAUCCCCCAAAACACUCAAAAUACCUGCUUGACAUUAAACGGAAUGGAUCUUUAAUGCUGAUUUUGGCAAGAUGCAGAACAAACAAGCCUUGUACAGUUUGAGACCUUGUUUUUAACAUGUAAAAUGCUUUUUGGAUACUAGUUUUUGUUUUUGUUUUUUUUGUUUUUUCUCCUCUCUAACGUUUGGCAAGUCUCUUUAGCUCAGCUGUGUCACUUGGCUGCGAUGUGGCGUGAAGCAGCUGGCUCAAUACUGUGAAACUGGAGGCGCUGUAGAUAGCAUGUAAGAGGUUUUUAUUGUAAAUUGUUUAUUUCUGUAUAGAUCAAAGGUGAGAAUACAAAUGACAAAACACCUCUUACACAUCUGUGAGUGCUACAUGUCAUUUCAAUUGAGGCUGGAAAACCUGAUUGAACUCACUGCGUUGGCUUUGAAGCUGUGGGGAAUUUUCUCUUGAGAUAGCAUUCAGUACAUCAGAGGCUAAAGAACAAGGAAUGUGGCUGUGGGUGAGAUUAAAGAGCCUAUUUAUAAUAGAAAAUUCUUAAAACCUUAAUGUUUUUGUUUUAGACCAAAACAAAUUGGUAACGGCAAGGAUUUUUUUUUCCCUUUUUUUUUUGUUUUUUUUUUUUUUGUUAAUAGUCUUUAGUCAAACUAUGAAAUGAAGUAUAACUGCAUUCUGAGUUGGAAAGCCUGGAGUCUUUUCCUCUGUACCACUAGGUUUAAUCAGUGAAUUUUCCCCUAGAUGGUUUCUUUCAUUGAUCUCUUCACUUUGGUGUUCUGUCCACAUUUCAACCUUUUUUUUUCCACAUGGAUGAAUUUGGAAAGAUUUGCACAAGCAAACCUGAUAUGUUUCACCUUCCAAGUUUAUAGGACACACAAUUUGCACAUCCAACAGAUAAAAACAUUUGCAUUUGUUUGGAGUUGUCUUUUUCUAGCUGGUGAAUUUCAUUCAGUUCUGUUUUUCUUUUAUUAAUCUUUUAUUUGCUCUCCCUUAUCUCUUUCUGACUAGUUUAUAACCCCUCCACUACUUUCACCAGCUGGCUGUUUACUCUGUUUUUGCUAAGCAGCUGCAGCUGAAAACUAUGCUACAACUGCAUAAAUGUAGUCAAUGUGGGACUGCAGGCUGGAAAACCCCAAGAAGGAGCUAAAAGAUGCUGAAUAAUAGUGUAAAGUUGAGUUUGACUACAUAGGUCUUUGAUUCUUACAUAAGAGAGACACAGUUGACACAAUUUACGUACAAAAAAAAAUCAUGUUAACAAAAAACUCAUUAUAGCCACAUUAAAAAAGUAUUUGAUGCCCAUAGAUUUAAAAAGAUUUCAUUAGGGUUUCUGUUGGAAAAGACUUGGCAGUACUUAUGUAUUUAACAAUGAAUAUGCACAGAAAACUCCAGUCUUAUGAUUCAUAAUCUGAUGAGAAACCCUUUAAUAGGAAAUGAGAACUGAAAGCAAGUGGAGCAAAGUUUAUCUAGACAAAGAGCAGGGUGGCUUUUAGUGGUGGACUGAGUCUUUUCUUCCAUGUUUAUGAUUAUGGUGGAAAUCACCACAUGCUAGCACGGCUGCUAACACUGCCCUGCGAUAAUCCAGGAAUUCAGAUCUCUUCUGAAUGACAGUUAAGGUGAAAAGGGUCUAAAGUCUCCUCCAGUCUGAGACUGAAUCAUUUUUACUGCUGUUUUAGAAAGGUGUGGUGGUCAAAGUCUUGCUUUAUGAUGCUCUGCCUGGCACUUGAAAUGAGAUUUUGAGUUGAUUAGACUUUUCAGUCAUCAUCUAAAGGUACAAUUAAAUAGAAAUGGGAUGAAACUACAUAUGGCAGAAAGCAAAAGCCUAAUAAACUAAUGAUUAAAAUGGCUCUCUAGUUUGAUGUGGGUGACAGGUACUGUCAAAAUGAAUGUGAGGAGGAUUUCCACAAGUAAACAGCCAGUCAUUUUUAAUUAUUAAUAACCACUUAUUCCUUAUCCUGUUUCUUUUGUUUUGUCUGUCUUCUCUUGUUACUGACAACCUGAUGUCUUGUAUAUAGGUAACACAGCAGAUAGCCAGAGAAUGCACUUUGGCUUUGGUCCUAAAGGAUUAUUGUAAUUUUUUUUUAACCCUUCUUACUAAAAUUCAAACAGUUCCUGUCACAAAUUGACUGAUUUAGGUUGGAGUGCUAGUGGGAAAUUUGGAGGUUUUCACUUAAAUUCCACAUUAGACUGAUUGUAUCAUUAGAUGGUACAAACACAUUCACCCUUAAUUGGACCUUUUGGCUAUAAAAUUGCCUCUUUAAAAUGAUGACGCUUCCUAACCUGAAACAGCUGGAGCUUCAGAUAAAGUCACUUCAUUUAAUUUACCAAAGUGGACGGUUUAUUAAUGUGUUGCCAUGUCAGUUAGUUGGCGCCAUCUUGUGGCCAAAGCAAAGGAAUAAAACAAAGCACAUCACUUGGCAGCUGAGGAUUCAUAACAUUCAGUUUUCCUUUAGCACAAUGAUGACCGUUUCACCUGCUAAACGACUGGAAAAAUACAUAUGUUAAUUAAAAAAAACAAAAAAAAAAAAACAGCUGCCAUCUCUGAAAAACAACCAAACAAACUCUGAAUUUGAUAACUUCACUUUUGAACCGUUGACCUCAGCCUUGAAGUUACAUAUCUGUAUUUGUGUUCAAGGUCUAUGUGUCACUGGAAUUUUUUUUUUUUUUUUUUCCUCUUUUGUCAUUUGGGACUGUGGAAUAAGACCAGUGUGAGAAGACUGAAGAUUGUAAUAUAAAUGUGCCAACAAAUAAACACCAGUAUUUCACAUUCA